AUGGAUCACCAGGUUCGAAACAUCACAAAAUCAUGUUACCACCAACUACGGAACAUUGGUGGCAUUCGACCCUUAAUAUCAGAAAGCGCUAGUAAAACCCUUGUAUGCUCACUUGUGACCUCUCGUUUGGACUACGGCAAUGCCUUAAUACACGGUGAAUGUACCAGUUCCUUGUCAAGACUUCAAAGGGUUCAAAACACAGCCGCUAGGAUUAUAACGCGUACUAGGAAAUAUGACCACAUAACACCAGUGCUGGUCAAGUUACACUGGCUUCCAAUCGAGCAGCGAAUUCAAUACAAGCUGAUCCUACAGGCUUUCAAAGCCUUACACGGAACAUCGCCAUUUUAUAUGCAAGAACUGGUCCAGGUCUACAAGCCAAAUAGGUCUCUGCGCUCAGAGAACUCUAUGCACCUUGUUCAGUCGCGUGCGCGGACUAGGUCGUAUGGUGACAGGCGGCUCGACGUGGUCAGUUCUACAUUGUGGGAAACCUUCCCCAAAAUCUUAGAUUAG